AUGGGCAAUAUAUGAGUAUAUCUUGUAGUGGGGUCCUUAGCACUAAGGUCUUGGCCUUAAUUGCAAGAUGGCGACUUCCAGUAGAAGUCAGGUGUUGUCUCUGUACCGAAUGCUUAUAAAAGAAAGCAAGAAAUUCCCUUCAUAUAAUUACAGGUCUUAUGCCCUCAGAAGAAUUAGAGAUGCCUUCAGGGAAAAUCAGAAUGUGAGUGACCCUAAAACCCUAGAGGCCCUAUCCAACCAAGCGUGGGAUACCCUGGCAGUCAUCCAGCGACAGGUGUCCAUUGGAAAGCUAUACACUGCUCAGAAGACGGUUGUAGAAGACCCAGUGGUGAAGGAGACCAGAUGAGCCAGAGAGGGGACCACAUUAUGCGUCUGCUGAGGGAAGGGCACAGGGGUGGCGGGGAGCGUCGCGACAGGGAAAAGGAGAUCCACGCUGCUUAGCCCAGGCUGUAAUUGGCUUUCACUUGCAAGACCACCUCCACAGCACUGCAGUGACAUAUUGACCAGCUUUAUACAGAAUGAGCCAUAUUGACUGUGAGGUAGUAUGUUGUACAUUCAACCUUGAUUCCCUUCUUUUUUUCUUCUUUUUUUGCUUACAUUUUUUAACACUUUAUUGUUUAAAAUUAAUGUUGGAUACAUUAUAUAAAUACAUGUGUAUAUAUUUCUUCAUUUGAACAGAAAUAAAAAAAAGUAUUUGAAUCAGCUAUUUUUAAAAUUAUUCUUUCUGAAUGGCUUGUUUGGAAAAUAAUGUCAAAAUAAAUAGUAGAAUAUAAAUAUAAUAAAAUAAAAUUUGCAUGA